GUGACCUGUCUCCAUGAUUUCUUUGGGGAUGAUGAUGUGUUUAUCGCCUGUGGUCCAGAAAAAUUCCGCUAUGCACAGGAUGACUUUUCUCUGGAUGAAAGCGAGUGCCGGGUGAUGAAGGGGAGCCCUGCAGCUGCCACGGGCAGUAAGUCCUCUCCCACCCCUCAGAAGAGCUCUGCGAAGAGCCCAGCGCCCAUGCGCCGCAGCAAGUCCCCAGCCGAUUCAGGUAACCAUCAAGAUGCAAACGGGACCUCAAGCAGUCAGCUGUCCACACCCAAAUCCAAGCAGUCCCCGAUCUCCACACCCACCAGCCCAGGGAGCCUCCGUAAGCACAAGGACUUGUAUCUGCCUCUGUCUUUGGAUGACUCUGAUUCCCUUGGAGAUUCCAUGUAGAGCGACACGGAGCUAAAUGUCCAUAUUGCAAGCAUUGUCUAAGAUACAGUGAAGUACUUCUGCCAGAAUAAGCAGAUAGGUGACUGGUGCUUUCAAAUCAAAGGACACACCCUUAUAUGUCUUUUUUUUUUUUUUUUUUCUCUUCCUGUGAUUUAUCCUCUGUGCCACAAAUCAACACCUGCCAGUCUCUAGAGAUAGAGGGAUACCAUUUGUCUAAGUUACAGGGAUGCAAAAUGGACAUUGUGAAAAAUUUGGGGCAUUUCUGUGCAUUUCCCAUUUUCUUCUAGUGUUUCCUCUUCUGCUGCAGCUGUGUAAUUUUCCUAGUGAUAGUAAAGUAGCUCCCCUGGAAGUGUGCAAAUGGAUCCCUUGCUGACCAGUUUGCAAGCCCAAGUAGGGCAAAUGAUGUUCUCCACCUGUCCAAACUGCCAGCAUUUGCCAGCUCACCUGUUCCUCAUUUACAGCCCAAAUUUAGCACCUGCAUACUAACCAGUAUUGGUUUUAUUUUUGGAGGGCAGGAAGUGAAAUGACUUAGUAGCUUGAUGCUUAAUAUGCCAGCAGAAGCUUGGCUGAGAUUAGGAAUGGUUGUGUAAGAUGCUAAGUAAGGUUAGUACAAUAAAUCAAAUUAUUCAAAUAUUGGGAUUUAAAAAAAAAAAAAAAAAAAAGUUAAGCAAAAAAAACAUAAAUCAGUUACCUGGAGUGGAACACCUUCCACAAAUAAUCCAAGGGUACUGCUAGCUGGUAGGAAAUGUUUAUACCUCCCUUAUGGUAUCUCUCUAUCUCUGUUUAUAACAGCAAUGCCUUGUGAACAGCCAACACUGAAAACACUGUGAGAAUUUGUUUUCAGGUUUGACACCCUAUAGGUCACUUUUUAUAGCAAAAAAAUCAAUACACUUUUUAUAAAGGAAAACCUUGUAUCUGUGUUUUGGGAGUAAGGAUUCAAGCUCCUUCUUUUUUAUAAAAGCUGGUAAUUUUCUUUUGUUUAAAAAACACGCUCAGAAAAAAAAAAAAAAGUACAAAAAAAACCAACCACAACUUCAGAACAAUAAUAACAGCAACUCAGUUAAGAAAUCUUGUCAUCACUGCCAAAACAGACACAUGUAGUGGAAAACAAAAGGUCAACUCAAAAUAUUGAAUGUUUUGAUAGUUUUUGUAAUGUUUAAGACUACGUACUUGGUUUUUUACACUUCAAUAUUCCUAACUAUGGCCAGAUUCUCUACUUAUAUAACAAAUUGAAUUUUGUGAUGUUAACCCCCCCCCCAUAUUUUAAGAAACUCUUCUAUCUGAUUAAAAAAAAAAAAAAACAAAACAAACAAAACCAACUUGCUGUAUUUAGAGAAACCUUUUGCUUUUAUUAAUCAGUAGUGACUCCUAAGGAAUGCAAAGUUCAUCUCUUCACACAGGCUGGUGGUUUUUACUACACUGAAGCUUUGUCAUAGGCCAGCUGGCACUGCCUCCCUUCCUCGUGGAAUAAGCUUUGAUGAAACUGAUUAUUGCAGAACUUUACCUAAAUGAAAUCUGUGCAAUCAAAUCUUUCUUUGUUGCUCUAUUUGCCUUUUUUUUUUUUUUUCCGACACAGACACCUGUUCUAUUGCCUUGCAACCCCCUUGUGAUUAGAAUGAAUUAUACUGUUGUGAUGUUUGAUGCUACAUGAAUGCUGGGCUGUUCCCAAAGCCACUCCAUGUUUUGUUUGCUUGCAUUGCUGGUAUGAAACAAUCUGUGCAGGCUGCAUCUUUAGAGCUUCAUGUGAUCUUACGUAGAAUGCAACUUAAAAAAGAGAUUUAUCAGAGAGAGGUCAGGAUUGGGAAUUACCAAGGGGUCAGAGUUAUCAUGCACCAAAUUUGCACCCAGUAGUCUUAGUGCGUGAUCAUUUACACCCAGAGUUUUGCAUCAGAAAUCAUUUGUUCUCACUAAUAACUUCAUUUAAUUUAAUAACUCUCUGACUGCACAACUGCUAAACGAUGGUUUUACCUACUGUAAAUAGAAUCCUGGGGUUAGUUCAAAGGCUAAGGGCUCGUGUAGAAGGAUGGUAGUGUGGACAAAGCGUAGGUGCAGUAGUCAGGACACCUUUCAGCCCUUGGCAUUGCUCAAUUUAGUGUCUGAAUGGGAGCAGGUCUCUUAGUAACCCUGUGCCUCAAUCUGUCUGUCUGUCCCUGCAGGGACAACACUGUUCUACCUCACUGGGGGUUGUGAGGCCAAAUGUUGGUUAACAUUUGUAAAAUGCUUUCAGAUCCUCUAACAGAAGGUGCUGAAGUAUUCUGGGUGCAGAUUUGGUCAUGGGUGCUAAUUUUUGGCUGUUUAAUCCUGUGAGUGCUACUGUAGACACUGGCCAUGAGCAAAUAGAACUUUUUAAUCAUUAGGAUGUCAAAGGCCAUGGUUACACUAACGGUAUUAUUCAUCAGAGCUUUUGCCUUAGCGAGAGCUUUUGUGUUAGCUUUGAGUUAUCAAAAAUAAUCUGAUGUGCUUUUACCCUCUCUUCUGUUCUGUUGGUGGAAAUCUCAGAGUCCCUCCCUGAGUCUCUGCCUUUCCAGGGACCCUGACUAGUAGCCAUGGAUUGGACUCCAGCCAAAGGUGCUGUUCACACACAGUAGCACAGGCCAUUCCUGUCAUGGUCAUGGUUAGCAUGUCCUGCCACCUUUCCUCAGCUAAACCAAGAGACCAGCCGUG